AUGUUUUUAAAAGGCUUUAAUCCGUUAGUUAGAACUUCUAUAUCACAAUUAUCUCGAUCGAAUAUUUUAUUUAGGUAUCAAUCACGAUUAUUCCUAAGUGCUGAGACCAAAAAGGCUAUAGAUGAUGCAGUAAGCUCUGCUCCUGUAGUAUUAUUUAUGAAGGGUACUCCAGAAUUUCCACAAUGUGGUUUCUCGAGAGCAACUAUUAAUAUAUUAGGUCAACAAGGUGUUGACCCACAGAAAUUUGCGGCUUAUAAUGUAUUAGAAGAUCCAGAAUUACGUCAAGGCAUUAAGGAAUAUAGUGAGUGGCCAACCAUUCCGCAAUUAUAUGUGAAUAAGGAGUUUGUUGGUGGUUGUGAUAUUAUUACUACUAUGGCCCAAGAUGGCCAAUUAGCUGAUCUCUUAGAGGAAGCUGAUGUUCUAGUGCCAGAAGACCAUGAAUGA